AUGGCCACCCUCAACCUGGAAGACGACGAGCUCAAGGCUCUUGAACAGACACUGAGUAAGGUAGCACAGCUAUCCAGUAGUGUCCAGAGCUUCAGACAAGAUCUUCUCAAGAGUAACCCCCUACCACCGCCAAAAUCAAUCCAAGCGUCGGCAAAAAUUCUACAGAAGAACCUCAGAUCCCUUCUCGAGAGCACAAACGAAAAUGCAGACCUCUUCAACCGUAUGGCCAUUCAUCCUUCGACGAACUAUCCUGGCCGCGUCCACGAAAACGUCCUCCUCCAGCUCCUCCGCAAGAAGCUCGAACCCGACAUCGAGGAACUCGUCAGCCAAGGUCUCGAAACAUCUCGUCUCGCCACACCAGCUGGUCUGGAAUCUUUAGAAAACAUAUGGAAGGAACUGCGGGCCUGGCUUUCAGACCGGAUCGGUUAUUUUGCUGCCAACGAGAAUAAUGAUCCGUAUACAGCGGAGGAGCGCGCAAACGGAACCGAGAACGUGCGCACUGGUCUACGGAAAGGGAUCGAGGACGAUGAUGAUGAUGAUGAGGAUGACGAAGAAGAGGAAGAGGAAGAGGAACAGCCAGCUGCGGCCCCAGUGCAAGUCAGAGGACCCGAGCCAGAGACAUUGCUCUGGUUUGCGGCAAGAGGAGACUUUGAGGUUCCGCGCAAUGUCGAGUAUGAACGCAAGGAAGAUACCUUUAAGGGCAUCUACGUCUACAAGGGACUUCAAGGUGUUGGCAUACCAUCUACCAUUCAGCCGCCACCGCAGAUGCAGCAGGACUCUGCUUCUUUAUAA